GACAUACAUCCCAGGGCCAGUCCCUCCAGCAUUGAACUGGGUGAUGACGUUCUUGUCCAACAAGACAAGACUAACAAACUCAGCACUGCAUUCAACCCAAACCCCUUUAAGGUCGUCAGCAAGACCGGAAACAGUCUCGUAGUAGAGAGUACAGCAGGGAACCAGUACUCCAGAAACACAAGUCAUGUGAAGCAAUACAUUAGAGAGGGAGAUCCCACACCCCAACAAGGGUCAGACUCUGUGUCAACAUCCCCCACACCCCAGCAGGAAUUAGACCCUGUGCCAUCACCUUACCAACCAACCGUACCAGAAUCGACUGCCGGGCUGCUGGAUAGAGGGAAGUGCCCUGAUCUGCAGGAGAAUGUUGGAGCGGCACCAGAGCCAUCA